UUUUACAGCUAGACCUGUGUGCUGCGAGGAGCUAAGGCCUUCAGUGUCCCCUUCCUCACCCAGGUUAUUCACAAAAUGGAUUCCCAGCGGGAACUUGCAGAGGAACUGCGGCUUUACCAAUCCACCCUUCUUCAGGAUGGUCUAAAAGAUCUCCUGGAUGAGAAAAAAUUCAUCGAUUGCACCCUAAAGGCAGGUGAUAAAAGUCUUCCUUGCCACAGACUGAUUUUAUCAGCUUGUAGUCCCUACUUCCGUGAGUAUUUUUUAUCUGAAAUUGAAGAGGAGAAGAAAAAGGAGGUAGUAUUAGAUAAUGUGGACCCUGCAGUACUGGAUUUAAUCAUCAAAUACCUGUAUUCCGCCAGCAUUGAUCUCAAUGAUGGAAAUGUGCAAGAUAUUUUCGCCUUGGCCAGCCGCUUUCAGAUCCCCUCUGUGUUCACUGUUUGUGUUUCUUAUCUUCAGAAAAGACUUGCUCCGGGUAACUGUCUAGCUAUCCUCAGAUUAGGACUUCUUCUUGACUGUCCAAGACUCGCCAUCUCUGCCCGUGAAUUUGUGUCUGAUCGUUUUAUACAGAUUUGUAAAGAAGAGGACUUUAUGCAGCUGUCUCCACAGGAACUGAUCUCAGUCAUUUCAAAUGACAGCCUAAACGUAGAAAAGGAAGACGUAGUAUUUGAGGCAGUAAUGAAAUGGGUGCGAACAGACAAAGAAAACAGGGUUAAAAACCUUAAUGAAGUGUUUGACUGUAUUCGUUUUCGCCUUAUGACAGAAAAAUAUUUUAAAGAUCAUGUCGAAAAAGAUGAUAUAAUUAAAAGCAACCCAGAACUCCAGAAAAAAAUUAAAGUUCUCAAAGAUGCCUUUGGCGGCAAACUCCCAGAACCUAGCAAAAACACAGAGAAGGCAGGAGCUGGUGAGGUGAAUGGUGACGUUGGCGAUGAAGACUUACUUCCUGGUUACCUGAAUGACAUUCCCAGGCAUGGGAUGUUUGUCAAAGACCUGAUUCUUUUGGUUAAUGACACAGCUGCAGUGGCUUAUGAUCCCACAGAAAAUGAAUGUUACCUUACUGCACUGGCUGAGCAGAUUCCCAGAAACCAUUCCAGCAUUGUUACCCAACAAAACCAGGUCUAUGUGGUAGGGGGACUAUAUGUGGAUGAAGAAAAUAAGGAUCAACCUCUACAGUCCUAUUUCUUCCAGCUUGAUAACAUAACAUCUGAGUGGGUUGGGCUUCCACCUCUGCCUUCAGCCAGAUGUCUGUUUGGUCUUGGAGAGGUAGAGGAUAAAAUCUAUGUGGUUGCAGGCAAAGACCUGCAAACAGAGGCAUCGCUGGAUUCAGUAUUAUGCUAUGAUCCUGUGGCUGCAAAGUGGAGUGAAGUAAAAAAACUUCCAAUAAAAGUCUAUGGCCAUAAUGUUAUUUCACAUAAAGGGAUGAUAUAUUGUCUAGGAGGAAAGACAGAUGAUAAAAAAUGUACAAACCGGAUGUUUGUCUACAACCCCAAAAAAGGAGACUGGAAAGAUCUAGCUCCAAUGAAAACGCCUCGAUCCAUGUUUGGAGUGGCAAUUCAUAAAGGCAAAAUUGUGAUUGCAGGAGGUGUCACUGAAGAUGGUCUUUCAGCUUCAGUUGAAGCUUUUGACCUCACAACCAAUAAAUGGGAAAUAAUGACUGAAUUUCCCCAAGAAAGAAGUUCCAUCAGCUUGGUUAGCCUGGCGGGAUCCCUAUAUGCCAUCGGAGGGUUUGCCAUGAUUCAACUAGAAACUAAAGAGUUUGCGCCCACUGAAGUCAAUGACAUAUGGAAGUAUGAAGAUGAUAAAAAAGAAUGGGCUGGGAUGUUGAAGGAAAUACGUUAUGCAUCAGGAGCUAGUUGUCUAGCAACACGUUUAAAUCUCUUCAAACUGUCUAAACUAUAAUCAAGAAAGUGAAAACCAUAAUAAAUUAUGAGGAAAUGUGUUUGGAUAAUAGGGUUUUAAUUUAUUCUUUUUUUUAAGUCUAUAAAGAGUUUCAUGUAGAAAUUAUUGAGUUGUCCCAACUUAGUGGGACAACAUUGAAUUUUCAAUGUAAUAAUCAGGGCUGAAAACCAUUUCUAACAGGAAAUAUGUUAAAUUGAA